AAAAAGGAAGAAACAGAGCAAAACCAAAUGGCUCCGACAAAGCUCGAUCUGAGUGUGAUAACAUAUUUUUGUGUCUGACUAUGUUUGGUUUUGAUAUUGACAUUGAAGAAGAGUGUUGUAUUAUUCAUAGGAGUAGUAAAAGUAGUGGAAAAUAUGAAUGUGAGUAGCAGUGGUGGCAGUGGGGGAGGGAUGAUGAUGGGUUUCAGUAACAGUUAUAAUAGGUCGCCUUUCACAGUGUCUCAGUGGCAGGAACUGGAGCACCAAGCUUUGAUCUUCAAGUACAUGGUGGCGGGUCUUCCUGUGCCACCUGAUCUUGUGCUUCCCAUUCAGAAGAGCUUCGAGUCUAUUUCACAUAGCUUCUUUCACCAUCCCACUUUGAGCUACUGUUCCUUCUAUGGGAAGAAGGUGGACCCAGAGCCAGGAAGAUGCAGGAGAACUGAUGGAAAAAAGUGGAGGUGCUCCAAGGAAGCAUACCCAGACUCCAAGUACUGUGAGCGCCACAUGCACCGUGGCCGCAACCGUUCAAGAAAGCCUGUGGAAUCACAAACUAUGACACCAUCAUCAUCCUCUGUGACAUCACUGACUGUCACUGGUGGCAGCAGUGGAACUGAAAACUUCCAGAACCUUCCCAGAAAUGCCUUUGGUAAUCUCCAAGGUACUGGUUCUGGAACCGAACAUACCAACUAUCAUCUAGAUUCCAUUCCCUAUGGGAUUCCAAGUAAAGAAUACAGGUAUCUUGAAGGACUUAAAUCUGAGGGUGGUGAACAUAGCUUCUUUUCUGAAGCUUCAGGAAGCAACAAGGUUCUCCAAAUGGAGUCGCAGCUGGAAAACACCUGGCCUUUGAUGUCAACCAGAGUUGCCUCUUUUUCUUCAUCGAAAUCGAGUAAUAAUUCCAUGUUGCAGGGUGAUUAUCCCCAGCAUUCAUUUUUAUCUAGUGAAUAUGUGUCAGGAGAACCUGUGAAGCAUGAGGGUCAGCCUCUUCGACCUUUUUUUGAUGAAUGGCCUAAAAGCAGAGAAUCAUGGUCUGGUCUAGAAGAUGAGAGAUCCAACCAGAUAGCAUUCUCCUCAACUCAACUCUCAAUAUCCCUUCCUAUGUCAUCUUCUGGCUUCUCAACAACAAGCUCUCAAUCACCACAUGGUGAGAUUUGAAUUAGAUAAAGUUUCAGCUUGUAAGCAUCAACUAGCUGAAUCCUUUAAUUAAAUUGUUGCAGAUAACUAGGAACAGGAUUUUCAGUGCAAUGUUAUGCAAUGCCCAAACAAGUCCUUGUCGGGUAUGUGUGGUCCAAACUCCAAAGUAAUCCCAUGUUUGUGUAUUUUCAUUUAAGCUGAGCUAUGUACAACUUUAUGGAACCUCAGCCGUUUGAUAUAAGCAAGACCAACAUCUACUCUCAUCUAGUGGGUGGCUAUUUGUGGAACCCUGGAACACUCUUCGUUUUGUAUCUAAUGAGCGAACAUAAAUAUUUCAACCUGAUUUAUU